AUGCCUUCGCUCGCUCGAGGUACGCUGGUCGAGGAGCUACGAGUACGGCUCUACCAGUGCCACUGCGAAGACCGAGUUGUUCCAAUCGAGGCCUGGACACUUCUGUUCGUGGAGGAGCCCGACCGCUACUUCGGCAAUGCGUGCGAGCUGGACACCAUCUUCAACCCCCACAAGGAGUAUUACAUUCAGGACGAGCUGUUCACCGGCUACUCCCGGCAGGAGUUGAGCCAAGAGACGAUCUUGCGCAUCUGCGCCCACCUAAGCUACGUGCCCCCACCGCUGCGGCAGGGAGGACGCCAAGAGCACGACAGGGACAGCGGGGUGUGGCAAGACUCCAAGAACGACAGAUACAACGGCGGCUUGAAGCAUGGAGUCUUCAAGGUCGGCUGGGGUCUGGUUACGGAGCCCACGACGCCGUACGUCGACUCGAGUAAGCUCGUCCGCUACGAACACUUCAUCUUGUAUUGGGUUCUCUAG